AUGGUUGCAACCUUUGCAAAUAAAUUACAUAAUCCAAAAGCAGUUCCAGCAAAUUUAGUGGGAAAUAUUAUAGCACUUAUUAAAUAGCAAAUAUUAUAAGCUGCACUUAUUCCAAAUCUUGCAAGUAAAAUGGAAGCUGGUAUCAAAUAACCCUAUUAUCUUUAUUAAAAUACAAUUAGCAUCGAUCACCAAUGA